AGCGUACCUAUACGGUUAUAUGCAAUAAUUUUGAGAACCCCUCCUAGAAAUCAAACCGUCAGCUGACACCUCCACCGUUUGAACCAUUGUAAACAUGGCCCGUCCGUGAAACUAGCUGUAGUAGGCGCCCGUCGCACCGUAAUCCGCGGAUUAUACGGUUUAGCGCGCGCAUUGACCGAUUUCCGCGUCGCGCCGAUGCCCGCCAACGACAUGGCAUUGGAGCACCGCCUACAACGGCGUGACUAACGUUUGUAAAGUCACUACGCGGACCGUUGAAUCCAACCGUGACGACCGACGAUGACACCGACGCCACCGUGGCCGCACGACGUAUAACUAACUGUUCGGCUGUCAUCCAAUGCGCAGCCAUGUUGUACCUGAAGAUCAUAGCCAUUUCGUGCUGUGUCGUUCUGUGGAACAGCGCUGUCCGACCGACCGCGGCAUCGGUCGAUUUGGACGUCCACCCGGAACACUUGCCCUACAUACUGUUCUCCGAAGACCGCAACUCGACCCACUGCUGGGGCUAUGAGAGUAACUGUGACACACAACACCGCUACUCGGAUCCUGUGUGUCCGGGUCCAGACAAUGGCUGGGCACCUUCCAAACAAGCCCAGAUAGGCAUUUUCUACGAUCAAGGGGAUUUUGGCUAUGUAAGACAGCAGCGAGAAGAAAUCACAUACAUGUGUGAGCCAACAGAUCAAGAUGAUUCAUCAUUAGAAUGCACAAAUCAUUUAAAGUUUUGUCGUGGUCGUAAUAUCAUGAUUAAUUUCACAAAUACAUUGAAUAAAAAUCGUCCAGUUCGAUAUCAAAUGGAUGUACUAAAUGAAGGGCAAAUUGGUGGAAAGUGCAAGUUUCAUAAAGAAAAAUUGGAUGCUCAGUGUGAUCAUCUAAGCCCAUUACAAUCGUGGAGUCCAGAACUAAGAUUUUUCAUUCCAAUAAAUCAUUAUCCUGGAAAAUGUGAUCUUAUUAUAACUGAACCAACUGUUAUUAUGAAAAUAGAUGCAACUGUCAACAUGUACCAUCAUUUUUGUGAUUUUUUGAAUUUGUAUGCAUCUCAGCAUAUGAAUAACUCAGGAUCCAACAUGUUUUCCAAAGAUAUACAUGUAUUAAUUUGGGAGUCAUUAGCUUAUGAAUCUGCAUUUAGUGAAACUUUUGAAGCAUUUACAAUUUAUCCAGUAUGGAAUUUAAACACUUUUAGAGGACAAGUUGUUUGUUUUAAUAAUAUUGUUUUACCAUUGCUACCACGUAUGAUAUUUGGAUUAUAUUACAAUACUCCUUUGAUUGAUGGAUGUGAGAAAAGUGGAUUGUUUAAAGCAUUUUCUCAGCAUGUAUUAUAUCGUUUAAACAUUCAUCAAACACCAGAUAUCAAUAAAAAAAUUAGGAUAACAUUUUUGUCUAGAAACACAAAAUAUAGAAAUGUAUUGAAUGAAAAUGAAUUAAUAGCUGCUUUAAGUAAUGAACCUAAUUAUGAAGUAAAAAAGGUAAUUUAUAGUAGUAAAUACUUAACAUUCAAGGAGCAAAUUCGAAUAACUUAUAAUACGGAUAUUUUUAUUGGAAUGCACGGUGCAGGAUUGACACAUCUUCUAUUUUUACCAGAUUGGGCAGUAUUAUUUGAAUUAUAUAAUUGUGAAGAUGAACAUUGUUACAAGGACUUGGCUCGUCUGAGAGGUGUCAAAUAUAUAACUUGGCGAGAUAUGAAUAAAUUAAAAAUGGAAGAUAAAGGAAAUCAUCCAGACCAGGGUGCACAUGCCAAGUUUACUAAUUAUUCAUUCGAUAAAAGUGAAUUCUUAGAUUUAGUGAAAGAAGGUGCUAAACAUGUACAAAACCAAAAAUACGGUUAUAGUCCUGAAACACAUAAUGAAUUGUAA